CGGCGCGCUCGCAUGGAUACCGAGCUGCUCGGUGGCGCGCACGCAGCAGCUCAACGGACACUGUGAGCGGCGACUGGACGCGCCUAGGAUUCGCUGGAACCAACAAGAGCAAUGAAAAUGCGGACACUGGGAGCAUAAGGCGCUAGUAGGAACCACUGGCACCUUAAUUUUGCAAAACCUGCAGGUUAAUCUAACACUCUGAUAGAAUGUUGAACGAAACCAUGACGGAGGAAGUACUAAUUUAUCCUCUUAGGAGUAUCUGCAGCUGUUAACUGCAAUGCAUCAGUACCACUUCAGUGCUAGCAUAUGCUGAACUAAAAUUCCACUCAAAAAGUAGUUAAUAAUUACACUUUUAUCCAUCAGAAUGAAGAGCCGCAAAUGCACAUGUAGUUAUAUGCCAGCAGAGAGAUUUAAAUUAGUGUGAAAAGAACCUUUGCAAAAUCAUCCAGACACACUGCCACCUAAUAGCAAUGACUUCAGUACGGUUUACUGUGACGCCGACCAAAGCAGAGGACAUCCCGGGCUUGUCGGACACAUCGCCAGAUGUGAGCUCUAGAUCAAGUGGCCGUGUGCGUUUUGGAUCCCGGGAGAGUGUGAGCCGCAGCGAGCCCCCGAGCGAAGCCUCUGGUGCAGUCACCACCUCCGUGGGAACCGCAGGGGCUGAUACACCUGACCGGAGCAACAUUGAGCAAGAUGGCCAUGGAAAGCUGUCCAAUGUGUAUAUCAAUAACUCUCACAGUGUGGAUGACGAUGACUUUUACGAUAGGAACUUGGCUCUGUUUGAGGAGGAGAUGGACACCCGGCCAAAGGUGUCGUCACUUCUCAGUCGUCUGGCCAACUACACUAACCUGACACAGGGGGCCAAGGAGCACGAGGAGGCCGAGAGCAUCGGUGAGGAGAGGAAACCCAGCAAGGUGCCUUUUCCCCGCCUUUUCCCGCUUGCAGACCUCGGUCCUUCUCCCGGCCUUGACUCUCUGUCUCUCAACCAGGCCCCUCAGAUGGGUACCUUCAUGGGCGUCUACCUGCCGUGUCUGCAGAACAUAUUUGGCGUCAUCCUGUUCCUGAGACUCACCUGGGUGGUGGGAACUGCAGGGGUGCUGCAGGCACUCUGCAUCGUCUUCAUCUGCUGCAGCUGCACCAUGUUGACCGCCAUCUCUAUGAGUGCUAUAGCUACUAAUGGGGUGGUACCUGCGGGGGGGUCCUACUUUAUGAUCUCUCGAUCCCUGGGUCCAGAGUUUGGGGGGGCGGUGGGGCUGUGCUUCUACCUGGGAACCACCUUCUCCGGGGCCAUGUACAUCCUGGGCGCCAUCGAAAUCCUUCUGAUGUAUAUCACACCUUCUGCAGCCAUAUUCCAUGAUGAGGAUGGGGAUGGGGCGGCCAGGUUGAACAACAUGCGAGUAUAUGGUUCCAUUUUUCUACUGCUGUUGUCUACCCUGGUCUUCGUGGGCGUCAAGUAUGUCAACAAGCUGGCGUCCAUCUUCCUGGCCUGUGUUGUUGUGUCCAUCUUGUCUAUCUACACCGGCUCUCUGGUCUCCGCCUUUGGCCCACGGGGCUCUGAUGUAUGCUUCUUGGGAAACCGCACCCUAUCAGCCCACGCCUUCCCCGAUGGGCACUGUGCAAAGAAACGGGUGCAGGACAGCCUGAUGCCGAAUGAGACAACCAUGAGUCUAGGCCCAGCGGAGAACACAACUGACCUGUGGGCCAACUUCUGCAAGGGUCCAGAGCUCGAUGCCCCCUGCGAUGAGUUCUUUGCCCACAGCAACACAACCACACAGUCCAGCAUCCCCGGGCUCGCUAGUGGCAUUAUUUCUGACAACCUAUGGAGUUCUUACCUCAGCAAAGGGGAGGUGCUUGAGAAGGCAUCGAUCCCCUCUCCCAGCAUUCCGCACCCAGUGACCAAUCAGAAUCUUUAUGUCAUUGCUGACAUCACCACGUCUUUUACUGUAUUGGUGGGAAUAUUCUUUCCUUCUGUCACAGGCAUCAUGGCUGGCUCCAACCGGUCUGGGGAUCUGAAGGAUGCCCAACGAUCUAUUCCUAUCGGCACAAUUCUGGCCAUACUUACCACCUCCCUUGUCUAUCUGAGCAGUGUGGUCCUUUUUGGAGCAUGCAUUGAAGGAGUGGUCCUUAGAGACAAAUUUGGGGAGUCAGUGCAAGGAAAAUUGGUAGUUGGCACUCUUGCCUGGCCUUCUCCCUGGAUCAUUGUGAUUGGCUCCUUUUUCUCCACAUGUGGUGCCGGCCUCCAGUCACUGACUGGGGCGCCUCGCCUACUGCAGGCCAUCGCUAAGGACAACAUAAUUCCCUUCCUGAGGGUGUUCGGCCAUGGAAAGGCGAAUGGUGAACCUACAUGGGCUCUACUUCUGACAGCGCUGAUAGCUGAACUGGGCAUCCUCAUCGCUUCACUGGACCUUGUUGCCCCCAUUUUGUCAAUGUUCUUUUUAAUGUGUUAUUUGUUUGUGAACCUGGCCUGUGCUGUACAGACCCUGCUGCGGACACCCAACUGGAGACCACGCUUCUCUUACUACCACUGGACCCUCUCAUUUUUGGGCAUGAUGAUCUGCCUUGCCCUGAUGUUCAUAUCAUCGUGGUACUAUGCCAUUGUCGCCAUGGUGAUUGCUGGCAUGAUCUACAAGUACAUUGAGUACCACGGGGCUGAAAAGGAAUGGGGGGAUGGGAUAAGAGGCCUGUCUCUCAGUGCAGCUAGAUACGCCCUCCUUAGGCUGGAGGAGGGACCACCACACACUAAGAACUGGAGGCCCCAGCUGUUAGUGCUGCUGAAGCUGGAUGAGGAUGCCCAUGUCAAGUCCCCACAUCUUCUCACCUUCGCCUCUCAGCUCAAAGCUGGGAAGGGCCUUACAAUUGUGGGCACUGUCAUCUCUGGGAACUUCCUCCACUGCUACGGGGAGGCACUUGCAGCCGAACAGACACUGAAGAACUUGAUGGAGCAGGAGCGGGUGAAGGGCUUCUGCCAGUGUAUCAUAUCCCAGAAGCCACGCGAGGGCAUCAGUCAUAUGAUACAAUCCAGCGGCCUGGGCGGCAUGCGCCCCAACACGGUGGUGAUGGGCUGGCCACAUGCCUGGAGGCAGAGCGAGGACCCUCAGUCCUGGAAGACCUUCAUUAACACUGUGCGUGUGACCACAGCGGGCCGCCUAGCACUGCUGGUGCCCAAGAACAUCUCGCUCUUCCCCACGAACAGCGAGUGCUGCACCGAAGGCACCAUCGACGUCUGGUGGAUCGUCCAUGAUGGCGGCAUGCUCAUGCUACUGCCCUUCCUGUUGCGACAGCACAAGGUGUGGAAGAAGUGUGGCAUGCGAAUCUUCACAGUUGCCCAGAUGGAGGACAACUCCAUCCAGAUGAAGAAGGACCUGGCGACAUUCUUGUACCACCUCCGCAUCGAGGCAGAGGUGGAGGUGGUAGAGAUGCAUGACAGUGACAUCAGUGCCUACACCUAUGAGCGCACGCUCAUGAUGGAGCAACGGUCCCAGAUGCUCAGGCAGAUGAGGCUUUCCAAGUCAGACAGAGAGCGGGAGGCCCAGCUGGUAAAGGACAGGAAUUCCAUGCUGCGCCUCACCAGCAUCGGCUCCGACGAUGAUGACGACACAGAUGGGGGACUGGAGAGGCCUGGGGGUGGGUCAGCAUCUGAGCACCGGCGGGUCCACAUGACAUGGACUAAGGAGCGGGCGCUACAAGUCCAAGCCCAGUCUGGCUGUAACACUCCUGAGGGGUUCCGAGACAUGCUGAACAUCCGACCGGACCACUCGAAUGUCCGGCGCAUGCAUACUGCUGUCAGGCUCAAUGAAGUCAUCGUCAACAAGUCCCAUGAUGCUCGGCUGGUUCUGCUUAACAUGCCAGGGCCUCCUAAAAACACAAACGGUGAUGAGAACUACAUGGAGUUUCUGGAGGUGCUGACAGAAGGUCUUGAGCGUGUCUUGUUGGUCAGAGGGGGAGGAAGCGAGGUCAUCACUAUCUACUCCUGAUGAUGCCACAAUGAAUGGCAAAGCAACACUUGGUCUCCCUAAAGGUGAUGGUGAGGAGGAAGAAUGUGGCCCUUUUUUCAGAUGCCAGACAAAAAGUCAUUGGCUGGGUUCCUGGGAGUCCCCCUCUCUACAAAACAGGGUCUUUAUUUUUUUUUUACAUUGAAACAUAGUACUACAUAAAGAACCCACUUAAAUGUUUGUCAAUGUAUUGUCUGUCUGUUUCGGAUUACUUUCAUCUGGGACCCCUCACAAAUUAGUGGAUCUGUUAUAGUGGACCAUUGAAUAGACCACGAUUUGCAGAAUGUCUUAAAGACAACUACAUUAAUCAUGGCUAAUGGUAGCAUACUGUUAGAGCUGGCGUGGAGUGGCACACAGUGGAAGACUAAUGGGCAUUCAGGGGAUUAAGGGGAUUCAUGCAACAAAGCAACAUGAACCCCUGCCAUCAGUCUAUGCAUAAAUCCACUUUACUGUUGCACGUUCCACUGAGGGUGUUUGCAUCAGGAAAUGAAUGUGGUGUGUGUCCAUCCAUGCAUUUGCCUUGUUUCCUGAGUGUGUUCAGUCAUUGUAGCUGACCCCCCCCCACCCCACACUCUAUAUUCAACUACAAUCUCUUGACAAAAAGGUUAUAUUUUAAUUGUGAUAUAUCUUCUCGCUGGAGGCAAUUUGGUUAAAAACUGCUGUAACUGCUGCUCUUGUCCAUUAGUCCUGCUGUAUCUCACUCCCUGAAUUGUCCACCAGGGGGCAAUAUGUCUAUAAACCCUGCUGUGACUAACUCUGCUGCUUCCACCAUUCUGGCUCUUGCAUGAAACAGAGCAAAAGAUCAAUCUGAUCUUCAGCCGAAGGAUGUUCAUGUUGCGCUGUCUGAAACCAUGCGCUUGAGCCCUGGGCUCUGCCCAUAUCUCUGUUUAGCCUGCUGAGUGACCAGGUUCCAGGUGCCACUUGCUUCCUGCCUUGGCUAAAGAGACACACUAUCCAGUGUCUCCCAGCUCUGAUCCCGAUAGUGAUCACAGUGUUACCCCCCAAAGUUUUGGGGUGAACGGAAGGUGUUUUUUUCCACAGUGAUUUAAUGUGCAGGAAUUGUACUUUUGUCCUCCACUUUUGAUGUAUAUAAACAUUUAAAAAAUUCAGGUUUUAUCUUUUUUUUAAUUACUAGAAUCAAAAAGUUCAAAGAAUGGCAAUAAAACCAGUUUUUGAAAAAAGCACAA